CAGUUUGUCGGAAUUUAUUGAAGUGAACGGUUGUUGUGUUUUUGUGAAGCGGCAAAAAUAAUUCGCAUGUGCUUCAAGUGCGUCGCUCCACUGUCUACUAUAACUUUAAUUGUUAUUAUUAUAGUGUUUCAAUAUACAAUUGCCAAGUGGGAAGCAAAACAAAAAUUAAAAUUUUUUAUAGAAAUUUAUAAAGUGUAGAAUUCUAACACUAAACAACAAUAAGUGUGAAGAGGAAGUUUAACUAACAUUGUGUGCGUGUGUGUGUUGUUAAUGAAAACAAUUGCUGAAGUUUCGAUUUCUGAAUUGAAAAGUGAAUUUUUGAAUUUAUUUUUGCGAUAAUACAUUAGUUUGACAGCAGAUAAACAAAAAUAACAUAACGGUGGUUUAAUAGUUUGUUAGUGCUGUCACCCCCUUAAGUGCUUGCCUGCAGUAAAAUGUCGCAGUUUUGGCGUUUAUAAGCGGUUAAAGGAUUUUUUGGCGUUUUUUGAAAGAAGUUUCUGACGGCCCGUAUUUGUAGUUGUAGCAGCAUUGCAACGCGCGCAUUCUAUAAGCCAUGGCAACAUUAAUACCGUCCUCAAAUGUUGAGGCCGCUUAUGAAGAUAUGUUCAAAGAAAUCACACGUAAAUUAUAUGGGGAAGAGACCGGAAAUGGUUUACAUACAUUGGGCACACCGGUUGCGCAGGUGGCGACCACUGGGCCCACAGCACCCGAGGGCGAGCGCUCAUUCACGAAUUUGCAGAUCGAUCGCAGCGCUGCGCCCACCAUCGAAUAUGAGAACAAUGCCGCUAAUGCAGUGGCAACAGCUGCCGCCGCGGCAAAUGUUGUAAUCCAACAACAAGCCGAGGGUUCUGUGGUCGUCGCCACGACAGGCGGUAAUUUCAAAUCGGAAGACCACUUGAAUACGGCUUUUGGCCUGGCGGCGCUAAUGCAAAAUGGUUUUGCCACCACCAACGCCGCUGGCACCGGUGGUACGGAUCAGCAGCAGCAGCAACAACAGCAACAGCAGCAACAGGCACAAAUUGUACAGUGGUCGACACCGACGGCAACAGGUGGUAAAUUACAGAGUUAUACGGCUGCCACUCAACAGCAACAACAACAACAACAACAGCAGCAGCAACAACAACAAUUGCAGCAACAAGUUGGCACAUCAAAGUCAAAAUCAAAAAAUCGCAACGAUUCCACCACCGAAGUGAUCUACACUAGUCCCUCGACCUCCGGCAAUACCAUGAAUGCCGGCCAAACCCAACAGCAGGCAACACCUACAUCCACGAACAACAACAGCGGCGCCGUCAGCAGUUCGAGUGGUGGCAAUAGUCGUAAAAAGUCACACAGCAACAAUAACAACUCUCAUAACAACCACCAAAAUGGCAAUAAUGCCAACAACAAUGGCGGUGUACAAGUGCAGAAACGUUACGCCUGCACACACUGUCCCUACUCCACCGAUCGACGAGAUCUCUACACUCGUCACGAGAAUAUACACAAAGAGGAGAAGCCCUUCCAGUGCUUCGCCUGCCUCAAGCAAUUCAAUCGGGCCGAUCAUGUGAAGAAACAUUUCCUGCGCAUGCAUCGCGAAUUGCAGUAUGACAUCAAUAAGACGCGACGACACGUAACCGCCAGCACGUCCAACAGUACCGGCGGCGCCGGUGUUGGCAAUCAACAUGCCGGCGGACGCGGCAAUGUCACCAUCACUACGGUAAAUACACAACAACACACAAACAAUACGCUCAACAGUUGUGGCUCACCCGAGCAAAAACCCAACAUCAUAUUCCAGGGCGCCAACGUACAACUGGACAAUGCAUUCCUGGAAGCGCAACGCCAGCCGACAUCGUCGAGCAUGAGCAUUGCGGAGACCAUCGAGGCCGUGGCCACAGCGGCCGACGCGCCCUUGCCACAACUCAAGCAGGAGAAGCAAGAUGACAUUGCUGUCGGUGUGGGCGCCGCCAAUGGUGGCAUUGUUUGCAACACCGGCGCUACUAGUGGCAACCUCAAGCCGAAGCGCGAGAAACGCUUCACCUGCUGUUACUGUCCGUGGUCCGGCGCGGAUAAGUGGGGCUUGAAACGCCAUCUCAAUACGCACACAAAACCGUUUGUCUGCUUGUUGUGCGACUACAAGGCGGCGCGCUCGGAACGCCUGGCCACGCAUGUGCUGAAAGUGCACAACAAGCGCGCCUGCAACAAGUGCUCCUUCCUCGGCGACACGCAGGAGGAGUUCCAAGCGCACAUCAACGAAGUGCAUCAUACAACACAUAGCGGUGGUGGUGGCGGCGGCAGCUCAUCCACUUCCAGCAAUCAGGGCGGCAAUGUCGGCGGCGGUGGUUCGGUAACGAUAUACACCACGACAACAACAAAUGACAAUGGCAACGGUAAUAUUACCGGCGGUCCACUACAGGAGAUCAUUGUAAAUCCCACAUCGAUGGUGGGUUGGCGUUUGAGCGCCAAUGGUUCGCUAAUACCGCCGCACGAUCUACUCACGGGCGGUUUACCGAAUGCGGCCGCACAGAAACGCGGCUCCGAACGACUAUUUCAAUAUCUUGAGGCAGACGGAAGUGAUCCCGAAGACUAUGCGCGUCUCCUGAAAAUGGACGCCAUCAGUCGCAACACCGCUUCAGUCGCUCAGGAUUUUCAUAAGGCGGGAGGCGUGCAAGAGUUGAAAAUUCCAGCCAAUCAUCAACUCCUGUUCAAUAAUAAACUGCCCUCACAAUGGACGACCAAAGAGGCUGCGGCGCUACUCCAUUCCCUAAGCAACAACAGCAACUUUGCCAACUAUCAGCAACAACUGCAGCUACAGCAACAACAGCAACGCAUGAAAUAUCAUCAUCAUAACGGCAACAGCAACAACACACAUAAGCGUCAGCGACAACACUCGACGGGCGACGAUGAGAAUACACCAUCGUCCGCCUCGUCGACGGCAUCGUCGAGCGAUAGUGGCGCAUCACCGUUGAAAGCUGGUGGCGGUAGACAACAGUACAUGUCUAGCUCAGCAGCAGCAGCAGCAACAACAAAUGGCAGCAGUAGCAGUUACAGUAAUAGUGAGCAGAGAAAGGCGAUGUCGGCAUUCUUGAGCGAAAAUUUCGAUUUGCAAGAAACAACGGAGAGCGCAAUCGAAAUGAUGGCGGCAGCAGCCGCAGCGGCGGCUAGCAGCAACAGCAGCAACAAGCGCAAAUAUCAGUCGCAGCACGACAAUGAUGAAGAUCAAGAGAAUCAAGAGCAGCUUAUUAGAUCGCCUCCCGCGUAUAACAAUAACAACAACAAAGUAAACAAUACAAUAAAUUACCAGCAACAACAACAUACGAGAACAACACGAACGCUCAAUCAACGUACCACGAAUGCCGCGCAUCACCAACGCGAACAUCGCCUCGAUCUGCUACACUUGGAUCGCGACAACAAGGAGAACAACAAACAGAAUGCGGCUGCCACAUUCCUCAGCAACAUGGAGUAUCAGAAUUUGAACAAGGUCAGCACGCAGAUACAAAACUAUGUCAAGGACAUCAUCAAUAAGUAUUACGCCGAAACGCCGCUCAUGUAUCCGGCCAUGCCGACAGCAACGGAGACGCCGCACGACAGCCAACAGCCAGCGGAGCAGCUGCAGCAAAAGCCCACCUCCUCCUCACAACGCAAGCGCAUGCGUAGCGAGACCGAGGAGUACAUCGAGUAUUUGCGUAAUAAAGAGGACAUAACGCUGACCAUAACGCCGAAGGUGUCCACCGCGCAGAAGCAGCGUCAUGCCGCCAGCACUACUUCACAUACCAACCAACAACGUCAGAGCACCACGCAGCAGGCGUUGUUGGCCACACCCGCCGUCACACUAGCGCCGAUUGCACCCCUCAUGCCGCAGCCACAAUCAACAGCGGCGUCACAGCCACCCAACAAGCGCCGCAAAUCACUUUCACAAAUAGCCACCUUGUUGCCCUUGUUGGCUGACGCCGCCUCGCAGCAGCAGUACCUCACCGCGCCGUUGGACUUCAGCAAGAAACCCACGCACGCCGACGAGGCCACCAUACACCACGCAGCCACAACUACACCCACAUUAGGAGCGCAGACGACAAACACGGUGUUGCCGCAAGCCGCGCAGGUCUCCGUUAUACAAGCAGCACCCACGCAACCGCAACAAAAGCAACAACAACCGUCAGUACUGCAGAGCGCCAACGACAAACGUUCGUCGCGCAAGCAAGCGCAACCGAAGAAGAUACGCGCGCCACCAGAAGUGAUAGUCGCCAUGCUGCGCGACAAGUACUUGAAUCGCAUGGUGGAUCACAAGCUGAGUUGUCGCUUGUGCGCGCAAGACAAGCGACGCGCGGCGGCAAUGCUCGUCUUCAACUACCAUACAAAGGGUUCGCUGACAUUGCACAAACACUGGAAGCAUCGCGCGAAGAAACAGCGCUGCCAGCAUUGCAUGCAGGCCUUCAAGCAACGCAGCAGCCUAAUCGUGCACAGUCGGCGCGCGCACUCCGCUGCCAUGCAAAAGCAACGGCCGGGUGUGAAGCAAGUGUGUGACAAGUCGAAGCAGCUGCCACAAAAGCAGGCGGGCAGCAAGCAGCAACGCAGACACGCAAAGAAAUCGAAGAAAUGCACAUAGAGCGCGCAGCAGCCAGGCAUGCGCUUGACGAGAAUACGCAUGCGCAUGGUUGUAAACCGAUAUUACCAGCUAAGCCACCUAUCCGGUUGGUGGGUGUAAACUGCAUAUUGAGUGUGCGCCUCAUUAUUAUUAUUGUAUAUGAUUUUGUAUGAUUUCUAAAACUCUCGGGUAUUCGUUGCAAGCAUUUUUUGUUGACGAUAUAAUCAUUCUAAGCCAAGUUUGCGCAUUUUUAAAUACUUAAUUGCUUACCUAGAGACAUGCAUAUGAUUAGGUUUUAGUAUUACGGUUCGGUUUCUGUAUUAUAUUAGUUGUAGUUUGUUGUUGUUGUUCAUAAAACAUUCCGCAUUUAUUAUUAGGCAGCGCUGUAGAGAGAAAACUGGCGCCGGGGUAGGCUUGUAGUGACUUGUUGGCGAAACAAAUCUGCAAAGUAUUGUUGUAGAGCAACGUGCUCUCCUGAGCCUUUCCAGCCUCUCUGAAAACUCCGAGCCCCAACUGAGCACUUCGGUUCCGGGUACAAUUGUCCCCAUUCUCUCCUUCUCUCAUUCAUUACUACUAGUAAAUACUCCUGCGGUUCUCAUUAUUUAGACACGUCCUUGCUGUUAACGGUAGAGACAACCCUCAGUUUAGCCGUUGGCCUUAAAUACAAGGAAUAAAAGAGUAUCUUCUAAUAUUUAAUUAUUUUGUAAUUUCGAUUUUUUUUACUUUCUGUUAUCGCAGACACAAUUAUAAAAUAAAUGUAAAUAAUUUCUUUAUAAUUUACACGCAUUUACUGUUUAUUUCGUUCAUAUUUUGUAGCGUUAAGUUGAAAAAAUUUUUGAUUUUGUAAAAAAUAAAUGAGAAGAUGUGA